AUGUCAUUCUUGAAGCAUGUUUGGGGUGAUGCUGAGAGACAAUUUUGGGCUUCAAUAUCACAUAGUGGUUUAACUUUUCCAGUUAUUCCUCUUAGGUCUCAUUACAGUACACCAGAGCCAAAGAUCAAUCCGCUCUUUUGUAACAAGCAUGGCAGUAGUCUUCAGUUACACAGCCUGCAGACAGCUGUCACAGAUGAACACUGGUGGGUCAGCAACUGGGGCCUUGGAUUGCUUAUAAUAGGGGAAAUCAUUCGGAAGAUGGCAAUAAUUACAGCUGGUCGGUCCUUCACGCAUCUCAUCAGGGUUCAUCACUCAGAGCAUCACCAAUUGAUUACAAAUGGAAUUUAUAGAGUUGUUCGGCAUCCUGGUUACUGUGGUUUCUUCAUAUGGUCAGUGGGCACACAGAUAAUGCUUUUACGAGGAAUAUGCCAGACAAGUUCCUGCCGGGGUGCCUUUUAUAAAGUGAAGAUCCGAGGGAUUCUAUGGGAAGGGUUGAAUUCCUCUUGCCCCACUCAUCUUGCUUCUGCUAGAUCGUAG